AUGGCGUCGGCGCCGGUGAACAAGAUCGAGCGGGCCCACCUGAUGUAUCGGGAAGGGAGGUACUCGGAGGCCCUAGGGUUUUACACGGAAGCCCUAUCCAUGGCCAAGACGAAGCCCCAGAAGAUUGCUUUGCACAGCAACAGAGCUGCUUGCUUCUUGAAGCUUCACGAUUUCAAAGAGGGAGUGUUCGCUGCAGACGAAUGCACCUCAGUGCUUGAGCUUGAUUUCAAUCACACUGGAGCUUUGAUGUUGCGGGCGCAGACCCUAGUGACCCUCAAGGAAUAUCACUCAGCUCUCUUUGAUGUUCAUCGGCUGAUAGAGUUAAAUCCAUCAUCAGAAGUGUAUCAAAACCUUCAAGCCCGUUUAAAGACACAAGUGUCCCUUGCUCCAAUACCUGAAUCCGACGCAGAGCUAGAAGAAGAGGAAGAAGACGAGAAUGAAGUAGAGCUAAAUGGAUAUGGGGAGGAAGAGAAGCAAUACGAAGGACAAGAAGAUGCAGUAUUUUCAGGUGCAGUAAAGGAUCAGUUUGCUGAGGUUAAUAGGACGACUGCUGUUGCUGAUGUUAUUCCCCCCAAGACACCAGUAAACAGGGAAGUUCCUGAACAAGGAAAGGAUCCAAAAGUUAAUUACACAAAGACUACUUCCCCAGCUGAAGUUGCUGCCCCCCGUGCAGAACUCAUCAAAGUACCAUCUGAAAAAGAAAAAGGAUGGCAAGCAAUCCCGAAACCAAAGGGGCACUCUUCUCUGGACUAUGCACGGUGGGACACAGUAGAAGAUGACUCUAGUGAAGAUGACGACGACGACGAUGAUGAUGAAGAGUCUCAACCUCAGUAUAGAUUCCGUGUAAGAACUGUUGGUGUCCGACCAGUUAAGUGA